UAUACUGAAUAAAAGAAUCGACCUAAACAAUUUGUUUACGUGCUGUUAUUAGCUAAGGCAGACAUCCUAUAGCUCGCUAUUUUUGCCGGUUAUCUUUUCCUCAGGAAGCUCAGAGAGACAGGCGCCUCCCAUCACACUCCCAAUCUCACCACUGCUAUAUCCCACUAUACUGCUUUAUAUACAAUACUGACACAGGCUGUUCAACCUGUUAAACGGUAUAACAAUUAUUUAUAUUUUGCUCAUUAUGUCUACGGAUUUAUUUUUACCUUUAACUUGUGUAUGAAACUGGCGUUUCCGGAGGAUACCGCUUAAUCAUGUGGAAAAUAUGAGUGCAGAAUUACGGGAGCAGUACAUGAAUCCCAAAACCCAGAUCCAAGCCCAGUGUCUUCCCAAUGGGCAAUUUGGUCUAACAGUUCCUGGAAAAUGCUGCCAGAAUCAGGGAUGUAAACCACCUCUUUUCUCCAAAGCAAGGUCAAACCCAACACAGGGUCAAAGUUUUAAUAAUUAUCUGAAGAGACACAUUAACAAAAACCUAAGGACUGCUAAUUCAGAACAGCACGUACUGAAAAACUAUAGGAAGGAAGUAUGGACACCGUGGGAGGAAUCACGACUGACUGAGGAUGUGGAACAAAAACCAUGGAAAGACAUAAAAUGUAAAGAGGGGUCUAUGCAAUGGGAGGCGCUUGCACAAGCAGAUCAGGAAGAACAAGACGACAUACUAGAACAGUUGGGCUGUGGGGAGGAGCUGGCACAGGAGAAUGGGCUAGAUUGGCAGGUGGGUUUAGAACAGAGGGAGGGAUUUAACUUAUGUGAAGGACAAGGCUCAGUGAAACUUCUCUCUGACUCCUACAGUAAAGCAAAGGAGGAUAUGCAAGGCAUGGAGGGACAGCUAGAUAUAGAAGAUGAAAGGAAGGAAGAGGGUGUGAAUAGUAAAAAAAGAUCACUUAUGACACCUGUUGAUUCCAUGCUCUCAUCUACAUACUCAUUUCAUAAGCAAAUAGUGCACAAAGAUGGAAUAAACCAAAACAAAACUCUAACACCAGUAAUGUUGUCUGACAAAACAUAUACUAAUGACCUGUUCACUGAUCAAAAAUUUCUAAAUGGAAUUUAUCCAAAUAAUAUUUACAUAAAUGGACUCAACACAGAUGCUUUGACAUCAGACCGAACCGACAUAGUCACCAUGUUCCCAGAGGUGUUUGAUGCAGGUGAGGCAUUGGCAGAUGCUGAUGGCUUUUCAGAGUGUGAUCUCUUAGAACAUAUUGUACCCUCUUGGAAGUCAGGGGUUGAAGAUGUGGGUGACUGUGGAGAUACAGUAAUGCCGCCUGUGGAAGAGGACUCAGAGAUCUUGAGUGGAUCAUUAUGUACUUUUGGGGAGGAGGGCAGUGAAGCGGUAGAGGAACAGGAACAAAAGGAGCAGGUGAAAAACCUUUCAUUGUACAAAAAUUCUCAUUCAGAUCCAACAGUUUAUCCAAAAUCUGAACGAGAAGCUGAAAUACUCUCUGAGUUUUCUGAUUAUUGCUUCUCUUCAUUAUGCUCAUCUGAGUCUGAGGUGACCUCAGAUGAAGUAGAAAGAACUGAGACCAAACAAAAUCAUGAAAAUGCUCAGGAUGGGCCAGAAUCUGAACAAGCUGUAUCAUCUGAGUUCAAAGCAGGUAACUGCAGUAUAACUUCUAUACCAAGUGUCUCCUCCGUUGUUUCUCUACAACCUGAAGAGCAAACGUCACAGCAGAUGCAAGAGGACCAUCAUGAUGUUCAAGAGGUAGAAGGAGAAGACAUUCUAUGUAGUAAGACUGUUAUGGGAACAAAGCUGUUAGAAGAGCAUGUGUAUGAAGAAACUGAGCCAAAGUUCCAUUCCAAAGACUUUUUGCAGAGCAGGAAAUAUUUAAUGACUCGCUCCAUAUCUGUGGAAACCCCCAGACUGGAUCCAUUGAGUACCACAAUAUCAGGAAAAGGACGUUUAAUGCUACACCCACAGACGUACUACACACGACAUAAUUGUCUUGGAGAUAGUUUGCCUGUUUUGACUGGUUCAUUAGGAUGUCUCUCACCAGGAAGUCCUUGCCCUCCUGCUAUGGACAUACCACCUCCUUUUGAGCUGUCUUCCAUCACAAGACGACCAAUCCGAAAGAGUACACCUGCUCUGCCAAAUGAUGUGACGGCCUGCAAUAGGAAACUUGAUUUUGGCCUUAAACGUUACUUCUUACCUUUACGGUUUCUGAGGAAAACUGAAAGAAGGACAGAUAGUCGCUCAGUGUCAUCAAGGUCCUCUUCAGAAUCAAGUCCACAGGGCUCUUGCCGGAGGUUAAAUUUAAUAAGGCAAUGUACAGAAAGCCCUGAGCUUCACAGGGCACAUGACAGUUCAGUACCAUCAUCCCCAUCUUCUGUUCGUUUACACAAGAACAUGCACAGGCCAGGUGUAAGCACACCUUUGAAUAACAAUUUUGGGUCAGCUAGUCCCAACUCAUGGGAUAUGGUAAGAGUGGAGUCAGAUAAUUUGAUCCACUCCCUUUUUCUACAACCCUUCCCCCUUUCCAAACCUCGGUCUUUCUCUUCCCCCAAUGUGGACUCAUCAAUUUAUGAGAAUGUUCUAAACACAAGUCCCCACUAUGAAAAUGUGCAGGUCCGCCUCUUAUCACCCUCCAAUCAGAGUCAACGAAACCAGAGUUCAGCCAAUGACACUGAUGGUUACGUGGAUAUGAGCAGCCUAUCAAGCUUUCAGAGCAAAAGCUCAGCAAACGAGCAAGAGACUGAGAGUGCUUACACAAUCUGCUCUCCUAUGGUGAGGUCAGAUGGAACAGUGAGUGUAUCUGUAGGUGUAGUCUGCACAAAAGAGGAGGAGAAAAAAGCACCCGAAAGACUGACUGUUAAUUGUUCUAGAGCAUUUUACACUGUGAAAGAGCUGCUGGACAGUGAGGCACAGCAUGUAAACACUUUAAACCUUCUAAAUGAGACUUUAGGUGCAGAUGAGCAGCUGAUGAAACUUUGGAGUGAUUUACCCGCAGUUUCUUCACUCCACCAAGACCUCCACACUCAACUGGAAUGCCGAAUUAAAGAGUGGGAUCAGAAGGAAGGCAUUUCUGACAUUCUCUUGGCCAAGAAAGCAGAGUUUUCAGUUUUCUCUUCCUUUAUUAGCCAGCAUGACUCCAAAGUGAUGACUAUGGAGCAGAUGGAGAACACACAGCUGGACAUCAGCGCUCUCAAACAGCAGUUGCUGCAAGUGAUAGCACGAGUCCUACAAUACCGCAUGCUUCUAACAGAUUAUAAAAAUAAUCUCUCACUAGUCUCCAGAGAGUAUGAGGAUACACAAGCUGCUCUGUUGAUGGUCUCGGAUAUAGCUGAUCAGGCAAAGGACAGCCUCAAGAAUGGAGCAGAUCUCAUGCGUCUGGUCAAUAUCGAGCACAAUGUUCAAGGACUAAAGAACCUGCUUCAGCCCGGGAGGGUGUUUGUGAAGGAGGGAACCCUGAUGAAGGUCAGCAGGAAGUGCAAACAGCCACGUCAUCUAUUCUUGAUGAGUGAUAUAAUGCUUUACACUUACCCCCAACAAGAUGGCAAAUACAGACUCAUUAACACUUUAGCACUGACAGGGAUGGAGGUUACUAGACAUUUGAUUGAAAAUACUCAGAAUGCCUUGAAGAUUCAGGUGAAAGACAUUAGUAUCACACUUUUAGCAAGCUCUUCUAUUGAGAGGGAUAAUUGGUUUGUUACGCUGAAUCGGACAGUAGCUGACCUUGGCUCACUAUUGAUUGAACCCCCUGGCUGUUUUGAGGUUGGGGAGAAGUCAGGGGUAUGUCUCGGGGAGAACGCGCCACCUCUGGUCUCCGUUUCCCAGGUAGCAGUGUGUAUGAACUGCCCUGUCCAUUUCAGCCUAACACACCGAAGACAUCACUGCCAUGCCUGUGGAAAGGUUGUGUGCAGAGACUGCUGCAGGAACAAAGUCCCCCUGAAAUACAUGAAGAACAGACGAGCCAAAGUGUGUGAUAAGUGUUACAGUGAGCUUUGCAAGAAUGAAAGUGAUGUUGCUAUGCUAAUGGAAAGCUCCAGUCGGCCACUGUCUGCCGUUUUCCAGAACAUUCACCCAGCCAGUCUGUGGAGGAGCCGCAAAGGCCACUUAUCCUUCAACCAGGUAACAGGAUCAGAUGGUGAGAUGAGUGGGACUCUGCAGAGGAGUCGAAAUAGUAAGCGAAGCUGGAAGAGUCUGUGGUUUCUUCUUAAAGAUAAAGUGCUUUAUACAUAUCCACAGCCUGAGGAGAGGGUUGCAUGUGAGUCCCUUCCUCUUCUAGGUUUCUCAGUAAAGUCUGAGAGUGAAGGAGUGAGCAGUGUGUUUCAGCUCUACCACAACACUACACUCUAUUACACAUUCAAGGCUCAGGAUACACACACAGCACAGAGGUGGGUGAGUGCCAUGGAAGAGGCCACGGUCCUAUAGCAGCUGCCAAGCCAUACAUGAAGAACUGCACUGAUGAGAUGAAAACUUAAAUCCAUCCAAACAUGAGCUUCUUUCCUUCCAAAGAUGAACUAUCAUCACAAGACAAGUUUUAUGAUGGGUUCAACUAAGUCCUGUUAUUUAUUAGCAGAGAAGGAGGCACAAAGUCAAGAAACACCAUGUCCUAAUUUCCUAACACAAUAAUAACAUUUACACAUUAACAUUUUAUUUCCUUCUGGUGAACAAAAUGUAUAGUUUUGAUCCUCUGUGUAAACUUAUUGCUAAAAUUUAAAUCAUCACAAGUGCCAUGUCAAAACAAAUUAAGCAUUUAUUUCCAAACACAGAACCACAGGUGCAAGCUGCACAAAUUGCUAAAUCUAUAUAUGAUUACUGAUCAUUUGUUCAUUUGUUGUGUUCUGAUAUUUAUAAAUGUAAUUAGUGUAUGUUUUAUAUUAAUUGCAUCUUGUAGCAGGACCCACUGCAAUUGAGACUUUUGGGUUUUCCAUAAUAAACAUUUUAAAUGAAAGGAUAAGCAUUUAAAAAUCAAUUAGUCUACAUUAUGUGCAGUUCGUCAAAUCAUUUAUAUAAAUCUACAAUAAAGAUGAUUUGUAAGCCUG